AUGGGGCCGGGGAAGAAAUACAUCUACUUGGGGCUCUUUGAUACAGAGGAGGAAGCCGCGAUGGCCUACGAUAGAGCUCUCCUCCGGUCCAGCCGAUGCCACAACAUCGUUACCAACUUCUCUCUUCCCUGCGAAGAAGCCGGUGGAGACAUUCAGAUGGAUCAAGCUCUCACCCUCCAAGGACCAUCGACUCCCGCUGAAAUUCCGCCUCCUCCAAGACUCUCCUAUCUCUCCCAGUUGGGAACCGAAUCACGCUCGACGCUGAGCCCCAGGUUCACUGCUCCCGACUGCUCGCAGACGUACUCCUCUGCCAGUCCCCGGGUCACAACCUCGUCCCGCCCAGCUGCCGUCACACCCUCCCUCUUCGCACCGCCGAGCUUCCACACGUCAGUCGUGACGUCAGCAGGCGCACAGCUGUCGCCAAGGGCCGGACUCGCACCUUCUUUCGGACACCUGUCCGGUACCCCUGAGCUGCCGUACCUAGGGUCUCCGGUGUCAGGAAGCCUCUCCCUCAUGAGACAGGAUUUGCUGCUGACGGAGCGCGCACGUCAGCUGGCCGCCUUCCAGUUGGCCCAAACGUUCUGGUCGCGCGCGCAAGCGCCCGCGGCUUCGAGCGCCGCGGCUGGCGGCACUGGGAAUUGGGGGGCCCAAGAGAGGGGAGCCGUCGCUUCCGCGGAUCCAAAAGCACUGGAACGGGCGCAUCUCCCUCUGCUGCACCUGCACGCUCUUAGUCAACUUGCCGGUCAAUCAGCGGGGUCCGUGCUGCCACGUGGCCCGUUGACGCACCCGGCGCUUUGGCAGUACCUCGCAGAUGUACGGAUGCUCGAGGCACUGAAAGGAGUGCACCAUGGGGCAGCUUAUGCGCCGUCUGCGCCAACAGAAGAGCCAGCGAUCUCCCAGGAGCAGACUUAA